AUGUCCACCAAACCAGAAAAGAAGUUGGCCGAAUGCCUGAUGAAGCGCAAGGCAUUGCUCGUCGUUCGUGAUUCCGUCGAGGGGUUUAUCAAGAAUUUCGACAAUCAAGAUGACGUGUACCAAAUCCCCAUCCGUGUUGAGGCGCUGGACAGAGUCUAUAGCGAGUUUUUGGACCUUCAAACGGAGAUCGAGAAAUACGAUGAUGUUGAGAAAUUUGAGGAGCAUCUGCAAGAGCGAGAAGCAUUCGAAGCGCGAUACUGUUCGGCCAAAGGGUUCCAACUGAUGAAACUUUCCACUGAUCCCAACCAAUCAGCAUUGAAUGCAUCCUUCACGGCAACUAAUCAUGCUUCUCAAGCGGGAUUCCACCUACGCUUACCCAAGAUUGGUCUACCGAAAUUCGACGGAGAUUUGUCCAGCUGGCUUUCCUUUCGUGAUACGUUCACCUCCAUGGUCCAUUCCAACGCGGACAUUCCGACAGUAGCGAAGCUGCAAUACCUCUUACAGUCAUUGGAAGGAGAAGCACACAAGCCAUUCGAAUCGACCGAUAUAAGUGCGGACAAUUAUUCUCUAACAUGGGACGCUUUGCUAAAACGAUACGACAACAAGCGUUAUCUGAAGCGUCAACUAUUUCGAGCUCUGUAUGACCUCCCGUCCCUCAAGAGAGAGUCACCUCAAGAGUUGCAUGACCUGGUUGAUGAUUACCAAAGGCAUGUGAAGGCCUUAGCGAAACUGAACGAACCAGUCAUCCACUGGGAUACCCCGUUGAUUAAUCUGCUAAGCUACAAGCUGGAUUCAACAACCCUUCGAUCCUGGGAAGAAAAAACGAGUAGCGCUGAUAAUGUCACUUACGAGGAGUUGAUCGAUUUCCUUUAUCAGCGGGUCCGAAUGUUGAAGUCUGUCGUAUCCGACCUGCAACACCGCUCCACUCAACCCGGCCAAACCAAGGUGGCCGGUCCCACACCGAUCCAGAAGAAGCCAUUCAAGAUGGUAUCUAAUUCCGCCACGACUGAAAUCAAGAAUUCCGCUCCGUACUGUAUUGCAUGUCCAGAGAACCAUCUCCUGUUCCAAUGUCCAACAUUCUCCAAAAUGUCCGUUCGCCAACGCCGAGAACUUGUAUCCCAGAAACGUCUAUGCUGGAACUGCUUCCGCUCUGGACACCAAAGUCGGAAUUGUACGUCCAAGUACGAUUGCCGAAACUGUCACCAAAAACACCACACCUUGUUACAUGCAGCUGCAAACCCGAAGAUUCAAUCCGCUCCUAUUGUCAUGUCUGGUCAGCUAUCCCUGCAACCGAAUCCAUCCACGUCGACCGUCGUCGAAACCCCAGGAUCAGCCAAUCCAAAUCACCAAGUGAGUCUAUCGGUGCAGUCCGAAAAAUCCACUGUUUUGUUGGAAACAGUUAACCUUCUUGUUGUGGACCAGAAUGGAAAAGAGCACUCUGCUCGUGCACUACUAGACUCUGGUUCAAUGUGCCGCUACAUUACAAAGAGUUUGGCAAAUUUACUCAACCUCCGUCGCACAAAAGUAGACAUUUCCGUGUCUGGAAUCGGUGAAGCAUCGAAGCAGAUCAAACGCAAGUUGACUGCUACGAUUAAGUCGAAGUUGAUUUCAUACAGUACCACUCUCGAUUUCCUCAUCCUAAAGAAACCCUCAGUUUGUCUGCCAACUACACCGAUUAAUGUUUCCUCUUGGAGAUUCCCAGAAGUUCCGUUAGCCGAUCCACGUUUCCACAUUCCAGCCGACAUUGACAUGAUUGUCGGUGGGGAAGUCUACCAUGACCUACACACUGGUGUCAAGAUUCCCUGCGGUGAAGGGCAGCCUGUAUUCGUCGAGACGUUGUUCGGAUAG